AUGGCCGGAGCCCCUAGUGUCAACUGCUCUCUAGAUGACAUCGACCUCAACGCUCUGAAGGAUCCUGCGGGAAUUUUCGAUCUCAUUGAGGUCGUGGGCAAUGGCACAUAUGGUCAGGUAUAUAAGGGCCGCCACACCAAAACUGGUCAGUUGGCGGCCAUCAAGAUCAUGGAUGUCACCGAGGACGAAGAAGAAGAGAUCAAACUCGAGAUCAACGUUCUCAAAAAAUACUCCCACCAUCGCAACAUAGCCACUUACUAUGGUGUAUUCAUCCAAAAAAGUCCGCCUGGAAAAGACGACAAGCUAUGGCUCGUGAUGGAGUACUGUGGCGCGGGAAGUGUUACGGACCUGGUGAAGUCAACUAAGGGCCAGCAGCUCAAAGAGGAAUGGAUCGCUUAUAUCUGUCGGGAGAUUCUACGUGGACUGGCUCAUCUGCAUCAGAACAAAAUAAUCCACCGAGACAUCAAAGGACAGAAUGUCCUCCUCACUGACAAUGCAGAGGUCAAAUUAGUGGAUUUUGGAGUAUCCGCGCAGCUGGAUAGGACCAGUGAUCGGAGGAACACGUUCAUCGGAACACCUUAUUGGAUGGCUCCAGAAGUCAUCGCUUGUGACGAGAAUCCGGAAGCGACCUACGAUAACCGAUCGGAUUUGUGGUCACUCGGGAUCACAGCUCUCGAAAUGGCGGAGAGCCAGCCACCUCUGUGUGAGCUGCACCCCAUGAGAGCGUUGUUCCUCAUCCCGAGAAAUCCGCCGCCUCGGCUCCAGUCGAAAAAAUGGAACAAAAAGUUCCACUCGUUCAUCGAGACGGUCCUCGUCAAAGACUAUCAACAGAGACCAUACACGGAUCAUCUGUUGAAGCAUGCCUUCAUCAAAGAUCAGCCUACCGAAAGGCAAGUCCGAAUCCAACUCAAAGAUCAUAUCGAUCGAACACGAAGAAACAAGCGUCACGAACAAGCCGGGAACGGGAGACAACAGGAACAAGAAGACUUCAGCGACGAGGAACCUGAAGUCGCGAACCCGUUGGCCGACCCCUCAACUGAGGCUCCCGCGAAACCCGGCGGAGGCGACACGCUUAAACGCAACUUCCAACAAAUUCAAAUGGACAACGGAACUCUCACGUCGGCCCAGCCCCAGCAGCCGAAGCGGGGUCCCCCUCUACGUGAGCCUCCCGGCAUCCCUCCAGUGCCCCAAGGUGGCAGUCGAGCGAUGGCGCCCCCACCUCUUGCGGGUAACCGGGUGAUUGUCGUCGGGGAUCCAAACUCGCGGCAGAACAAACCGUUACCGCCCAUCCCGGGUCAGGAAAGUAAGCCCACUCCUCCACGAGCGAGCAGCAACGGAGCUCCACCUCUACCUCCGGCCAACCGACAGCCGGCCAAACCCCCGUCCUCGAGACGACCCGAAGACCUGGAGGUAUUGGCAGCUCAGCUGAACGAACUGGGAUCCGGAGCGUUGGCUCCGAACAGAUCAUCGCAACGAAUAUCGAAUUUGACACAAGCUUUAGAUUCUGACUCAGAAGAUUCGGACGGGGACAUGCAGCAGGACGGCACGAUGUUAGCGAGUGACCCCGCGCGGCCGCUGGGUGAGAGUGAGGCCCCGACGAGGCCCCUGCCCCCUACCCCAGACGAAGACGGCACCACGGGGACACUCGUGAGCACAAACAAGAAUAGGUCUGCCGCCGUCCGAUCAGGAGCUUCCCCGCCGGUGCAACCGAAUCGAUCUCUGCUGAAAUCGAGUAGUGCCUCCCACGUGAUGGGUCCCUUACGGAAAGAGAAUCCGGCAGUUUCACUAUUGGGCGAGCACCUCAAGCUCGUGAGCCAUCGCAGAGCGAGUUUAGCUUUAGCCGGUGGGCCGUCUAGUCCUUCAUCGCCUUCUAGUGCAAGCCCUCCAUUGCAUAAGAGCCAAAGCUCCCACAGUCCGUUCAGGAGGGCACAUGAGAGCAUUGGCGACUUUGUCAGCAACUCUGACAAGAGUCCACUGAUCCCAAGAAAUCACAAUAACAACAACAAUAAGUCAAGCAUGCGCUCUGGUGGGAACCUCCCUGACCUGCUCCCGCGAAGAGACAAGUCAGCGUCCGAGGAGUAUCGCCAGGCCCUGCAGCUCAAAGCUCAAGGCCAACCGCCAAGUCAAACACCUCUGCAACAGAAACAGAGAUCUUUCUUAACGUUCGGUUUCAACGCCAAUGGUACGUUGACGGGCUUUCGCUCGUGUACGGGAACCAACGGUGCGCCGUCAACGGUAGAACGUCAAUCGACGGCCCAGCGUAGAGAGUCCGUUCAGGUCAACGUGACCCCCACCCUGGGCCCGGAUUCCACGACGGGCGGGCAGGGAAUCACUGGCACUCACUCUGACACCCCCGAGAUCCGCAAAUACAAGAAGAGAUUCAAUUCGGAAAUUCUCUGCGCGGCCUUGUGGGGUGUGAAUCUACUCAUCGGUACCGAGAACGGUCUAAUGCUCCUAGACCGCUCCGGGCAGGGUAAAGUGUAUCAGCUCAUUUCCCGGCGUCGUUUCCAACAGAUGGAAGUUCUCGAGGGGCAGAACAUCCUCGUGACGAUUUCCGGCAAGAAGUGUCGUGUCAGGGUUUACUAUCUGUCUUGGUUGAAGAGCAAAAUUCUGAGAACGGAUAGUGGUAACCAAUUGGACAAAAGAAAUGGCUUUAUCAAUGUUGGUGACCUCGAAGGAGCGGUUCACUUUAAAAUCGUGAAAUACGAACGUAUCAAAUUUCUGGUCAUCGCGUUGAAAGAAAGUGUUGAAAUCUAUGCAUGGGCUCCGAAACCAUACCACAAGUUCAUGGCUUUCAAGACGUUUUCGGGUCUGCCGCACAAACCUCAGCUAGUCGACAUGACCAUCGAGGAGGAAGUUCGUCUCAAAGUCAUCUACGGCUCAUCAGAAGGCUUCCACGCCAUUGACCUCGACUCCGGAAACGUCUAUGACAUAUACAUCCCAUCACACGACCGUGGAGGAGCCGAAGGGAUUCAGAACUCAAUAACGCCUCACACGAUAGUAACCCUCCCCAAUACGAAAGGAAUGCAACUCCUUCUGUGUUACGACAACGAAGGCAUUUACGUGUCAACCUACGGCCGUGUAUCAAAGAAUAUAAUGCUCCAAUGGGGAGAGGCACCGACGUCAGUUGCGUUCAUCGGAACCGGCCAGAUCAUGGGCUGGGGUAACAAGGCCAUUGAGAUCAGGUCCGUCGAUUCGGGACAUCUCGACGGGGUCUUCAUGCACAAGAAGGCGCAGAGACUCAAGUUCCUUUGCGAGAGGAACGACAAGGUAUUCUUUUCAUCAGCGAAAGGCGGGUCGUCAUGUCAAAUCUACUUCAUGACACUCAACAAGCCGGGUAUGGCCAACUGGUGAAGUCUUAGGUUGGAGUCAAGAGGACGAAGCACCGAAAACAAAACAAGAGGGAAGCACACGGAGAAGACAGGCGGCGAUCACGGCGAGAUUCUGCUCGAGUGAUCUGGCGGAGUCCGUUUUCGACGUGGACGGCUCCUUCUUUGUCUCAACCUUCAAGUCCAAGUCGCUGCCAUUGCGAGGUCAUAGAAGCCAAAACUCGUCAAAAACAAAGCAAGCUUUCGCUCGGUCAUUCUCGGAAGAGAAGUUCUCGGUU